AUGCUACGCUUCUCAGGGCUUUCAGUACCAGGUGAUGGCACAGCACACAGUUACGACGACGACGACGACGACGACGACUACUACAGAGUACCGGAUGUUCUCUGGGGUCCAGUCAUCACAGAUUUGUCCACAUCAGUGGAUGUGAUUUCUGCACCAGUUAAAAAUUUCUACAGGCAAGGAGGAGGCAAGGAGGAGGCAAGGAGGAGGCAAGGAGGAGGCAAGGAGGAGGCAAGGAGGAGGCAAGGAGGAGGCAAGGAGGAGGCAAGGAGGAGGCAAGGAGGAGGCAAGGAGGAGGCAAGGAGGAGGCAAGGAGGAGGCAAGGAGGAGGCAAGGAGGAGGCAAGGAGGAGGCAAGGAGGAGGCAAGGAGGAGGCAAGGAGGAGGCAAGGAGGAGGCAAGGAGGAGGCAAGGAGGAGGCAAGGAGGAGGCAAGGAGGAGGCAAGGAGGAGGCAAGGAGGAGGCAAGGAGGAGGCAAGGAGGAGGCAAGGAGGAGGCAAGGAGGAGGCAAGGAGGAGGCAAGGAGGAGGCAAGGAGGAGGCAAGGAGGAGGCAAGGAGGAGGCAAGGAGGAGGCAAGGAGGAGGCAAGGAGGAGGCAAGGAGGAGGCAAGGAGGAGGCAAGGAGGAGGCAAGGAGGAGGCAAGGAGGAGGCAAGGAGGAGGCAAGGAGGAGGCAAGGAGGAGGCAAGGAGGAGGCAAGGAGGAGGCAAGGAGGAGGCAAGGAGGAGGCAAGGAGGAGGCAAGGAGGAGGCAAGGAGGAGGCAAGGAGGAGGCAAGGAGGAGGCAAGGAGGAGGCAAGGAGGAGGCAAGGAGGAGGCAAGGAGGAGGCAAGGAGGAGGCAAGGAGGAGGCAAGGAGGAGGCAAGGAGGAGGCAAGGAGGAGGCAAGGAGGAGGCAAGGAGGAGGCAAGGAGGAGGCAAGGAGGAGGCAAGGAGGAGGCAAGGAGGAGGCAAGGAGGAGGCAAGGAGGAGGCAAGGAGGAGGCAAGGAGGAGGCAAGGAGGAGGCAAGGAGGAGGCAAGGAGGAGGCAAGGAGGAGGCAAGGAGGAGGCAAGGAGGAGGCAAGGAGGAGGCAAGGAGGAGGCAAGGAGGAGGCAAGGAGGAGGCAAGGAGGAGGCAAGGAGGAGGCAAGGAGGAGGCAAGGAGGAGGCAAGGAGGAGGCAAGGAGGAGGCAAGGAGGAGGCAAGGAGGAGGCAAGGAGGAGGCAAGGAGGAGGCAAGGAGGAGGCAAGGAGGAGGCAAGGAGGAGGCAAGGAGGAGGCAAGGAGGAGGCAAGGAGGAGGCAAGGAGGAGGCAAGGAGGAGGCAAGGAGGAGGCAAGGAGGAGGCAAGGAGGAGGCAAGGAGGAGGCAAGGAGGAGGCAAGGAGGAGGCAAGGAGGAGGCAAGGAGGAGGCAAGGAGGAGGCAAGGAGGAGGCAAGGAGGAGGCAAGGAGGAGGCAAGGAGGAGGCAAGGAGGAGGCAAGGAGGAGGAUUGGUUGUUGGUUGGUUGUUUGA